AUGCUCACCCACCAAGACAAAAAGCUCGCCACGCAGGAUCUAGACACCCCCGAGGCUAGCCCAUACGAGACAUUUAGGUUCACUGUGCAGGAUCUAGCUCGGAAUCACCUGCACUCUGGAGACAACCAGCCCCCCUUAGACUGGGAACAUCGGAAUUCAGAACUGUCGGUGCAAGGACACACGCAGCCAAGUGCAGUUCUCCUCACGCAAUAUCCGUUGCACACGUUGCUCAUGCUAUAG